AUGGCGGACCGCCAAGUAACCCAGCAGACAAUUUUCACCUUGCUAUCGAAGCUUGAUGAUCCCGAUGCCGACCUGAGAUACAUGUCCUUGAACGAUCUAUAUGACAUCCUUACCGGCUCGCAAUCCUCAUUCCUCUCUCAUGACCGCGGCACAUCAACAAAGCUUGCAGAAGGUCUGCUCAAGUCUCUGGAUGAUCAACAUGGUGACGUACAGAACCAGGCCCUCAAAUGUCUCGGCCCCCUUGCUGUUCGCCUGCCAUUCGAAUCCCUCACACCUCUUCUCGAGCAGUUGGCUAGCCUGACUGCCUCCCAGACGAUAGACACAUCUGUGCCCAAUACAGCUUUGCGCGUCAUCGUCGAUACUCUCCCCCAUCCUCAGAUCGGCCAGCCUGCAUCUCAGAAUGCGAUCUCCGCAUACUCCGCAGUUUCCAAGGUCCUGGUUCCCCGUUUAAUCGGCCCGACACCCUCGGCCUCGGGGAGGCGGGGCUCAGUGGUGAAAGGCAUGAUGGAGAAGGAUCCAUCGCGGGGAUUCAGCAGCGAUGCCAUCGACGUGCUCAUCAAGGUUGUAACAUGCUUUGGGCCUCUUCUUCAAGAAUCAGAACUCGCUGCCCUCCAGGUGCCUGUAAUGGCCAUCAUCCAAAACGACACAGCUGGAACUGUUGUCACCAAGCGCGCUCUGACAGCUAUUUCAGCCCUUGUGAUCCACUUCUCCGAUAAUCAGCUUAAUGGCUUUGUUUCCACUCUCACAAAAACAUUGUCUUCCAAUAUCUCUAUGGUGCAGCGUCGACACCUGAUCGCUGCCAUUGGCGUCAUCGCGAGAACUGCACCUGCGAAGUUCGGCCCUCACUUGGAUACUCUUGCUCCGUUUGUCUUCUCAGCAGUUGGAGAAGAUAACAUUAGACGGGGAAACUGA